AUGGCGACUGUCACUACUCAAGCCUCGGCCUCGAUUUUCCGACCAUGCACUUCAAAGCCAAGAUUCCUCACCGGUUCUACCGGUAGAUUGAACCGAGAUUUGUCGUUUAAAUCGAUCGGCUCAUCGUCAAAAUCGUUCAAGGUCGAAGCUAAGAAAGGAGAAUGGUUGCCCGGUUUGGCAUCUCCUGGUUAUCUCAACGGCAGUCUUGCUGGUGACAAUGGGUUUGACCCAUUGGGACUAGCUGAGGAUCCCGAGAACUUGAAAUGGUUUGUCCAGGCUGAGCUGGUCAACGGAAGGUGGGCCAUGCUCGGCGUCGCGGGGAUGCUUUUGCCGGAAGUUUUCACCAAGAUCGGAAUCAUAAACGUUCCGGAGUGGUACGAUGCCGGGAAAGAGCAGUAUUUCGCAUCAUCAUCUACAUUGUUCGUGAUCGAAUUCAUAUUGUUUCAUUACGUUGAGAUCAGACGGUGGCAAGACAUCAAGAACCCAGGAAGUGUGAACCAAGACCCUAUCUUCAAGCAAUACAGCUUGCCACCAAAUGAAGUCGGUUACCCCGGGGGUAUCUUUAACCCGCUUAACUUCGCUCCCACACUCGAGGCCAAGGAGAAAGAGCUUGCAAACGGGAGACUGGCGAUGUUGGCAUUCUUAGGGUUUGUGAUUCAACACAAUGUGACUGGAAAGGGACCAUUUGAGAAUCUGGUGCAGCACUUGUCUGAUCCAUGGCACAACACCAUUGUCCAAACCCUUAGCGGCUAA